ACAUACAUUAUAUAAAUUAAAAUUGUGAACAUGAAAGUUGUGAUCUGCAGAUAUGUCCGUAAACCUAACUGAAUGUUGUGUAGGAAUGAUGAAAUCCAUUUUCAUUCAUAAAACACUAUAGAUUUCAGCAUAUAAUAAUUUAACAAAGCUGUUUGAUACAUACACAGACAUGUCUGGUUAUGCUCCACAAGAGAACACUGCAAUGAUUCCUUCCCCUGACCCGUACCACUGUCCUUCUCAUCUGGAGACCUUGACCAGGGUGGAUCAAUUUUUUGUCUACAAAGAAGAAACUGAGGAAGAAUAUUUUGCAGAAGUUUGCUGUGGAAUAAAGCCUGUCAACAAAUAUUUUGUGAAUGAUGGCAUGGGGAACAAGGUUUUCAGUAUUCUUGAGGACAGCGAGUGUUGUGACAGGUCUUUCUGUGCUAAUGGACGUUCUUUCAUAAUGAAUGUUACUGACAACUCAAAUCAAGAGGUCAUCAGACUGGUGCACCCAUCUACUUGCUGCUAUGGCAGCCAUGAGCUGCAGGUUCAGUCACCACCAGGCACUGCCAUUGGAUACGUUCGAAAAAACUGGCAUUGUUGCCUAUCUAAAUUUACUGUUGAGAAUGAACAAGGUGAACCAGCAUUUGAGAUUAAGAAACCGUUUGUAGGUUGUACCUGCUUCACGGAUCAUAAACUAUGAGGUUAAGAC